GCAGCUCUUCACUCAUCCGUCCUCGCUUCAAGUGGAUCUAGAAACCUGCUUGAGUUCUUUUUUCACUCCUCCAAGGGAUCUCUGAACCUCUUUAUCUCUCAACAGAAAAAUGGCCAUGUCACAAAGCUGCACUCUCCUGCUGGUUGUUGUGGCAGCAGUUUGCGUACAGCUCUAUCAAGCCCAUGAUUUUAUUGGACGCUGCUCGUGUCCCAACACAAUCAAGUUCAUCAAAGGCAACAUGUCAGAUUUCCAAGUCCUUGAAAAGCGGCCUGGCUGUGAUAAAACUGAGUUAAUUGUAACCAUGAACAGGCAAGACAACUCCACUGAGAAAAUCUGUAUGAACACAGAGGGGAAGAUGGCCAAGGCUUUUUUGAGAUGCUGGGAAAGGAUAAACAAAGAUGAGAGCCGUAAAAUGGAGUGUAUCGACAGAAAGAGAAAGGCAGCGUGAAAGCAGAAGAGGGGGAGAGGCCUGCAUGGGGGGGAAAGUUGUCUGGACUAGAGUCCCGGAGGUCACAUGAACGCUGAAGCACACAAGCUCAAGAAUGCUGAGAGCAGAGCUUUCACUGAACUCCUGCACUGGAGAGAGUUGGGGAAAUGUGAGAUGGUAAGAGCGGUAGGAGGGGAGAUGAUUAACAUCUGGGAGGUAGUUAGGGAAGAGAACGGUGAAAAGAAGAGAGGAAAAAAUGAAUGUACAGUACUAUAGUAUCGAGUCUGUGUAAGAAGGCCACUGUUGAAAUGCACACCUUUAUUGUUUUUUGUUUGACAAACUAUUUACUAUAUUUAUGUAGACUUAUUUAUUGUCAAAAUUUUAUUCCUUGAUUUUUUUUUAAAUCAAAAUAAAAUGAGUUUUGAUACAAA